UCCCCGGAUGAUGAUCGCAGGUUUUCUCAUCGGCCACGUUGUCCUCAGAUCGAGCUGCCCUUUGAUCUACAGGCGCACGCGGGCCGAUGUCUUCCUCAGCUGUGCCUCAUCCAAACUCGGACGGCAAUUCCGAGGCAGCAGACCUCUUUGCUCAACGAAUAUGGACGUCUUCUCACCAUCGCAGGUCUACUACGACGCGUGUGCUUCGUCCCCGGACAGCCUGGAGUUCGGCCCCGAUGCAGAGAACGACUGCUCCGACGAGGAGGACGAGCACGUGAGGAUCCCCGGAGCCCCCCACCAGCCGGGUCACUGCCUCCAGUGGGCCUGCAAGGCCUGCAAGCGCAAGUCCAACUUUGUGGACCGCAGACGGGCUGCAACCAUGCGCGAGCGCCGGCGGCUGAAGAAGGUCAACCACGCUUUCGAGGCCCUCAGGCGCUGCACCUCGGCCAACCCCAGCCAGCGUCUGCCCAAGGUGGAGAUCCUGCGCAACGCCAUCCAGUACAUCGAGAGCCUGCAGGAUCUGCUACACGAGCAGGUGGAAAACUACUACGGCCUACCUGGAGGGAGCAGCUCGGAGCCCGGGAGCCCGCUGUCCAGCUGCUCUGACGGCAUGGUCGACAGCAACAGUCGAGUGUGGCAACAUCUGAAUGCAAACUACAGCAACAGUUAUUCAUAUGCGAGGAACGAGAGUUCAGGAGAUAAAACAGUCGGGGCCUCCAGUCUGGAGUGUCUCUCCAGCAUCGUGGACCGUCUGUCCUCGGUGGGGUCCAGCUGCGGACCGCCGGCUCAGAGAGACAUGGCCACCUUCUCCCCCGGCAGCUCCGACUCGCAGCCCUGCACGCCGGAAAGCCCCGGAACCCGGCCCGUCUACCACGUCCUGUGAAGGAAACGUUGACGUGGAUAUACGAGCGCCCUGCUUUCACCAAACACCAGCUGCAUUUGAAACGAGAGAUAAGAACUUCAUUGUGUGCAAAGCCGAAGGAGACUCGGCUGUAUCUGAGGAC